CGUGCGUUCUGCUUCUUCAAAGUAACUAGCAAGCAGCCACCUUUCUCUCUUACAUAAUCAAACCUCAAAAAUUAACACCCUAGCCUUAAAAGGACCCCAAUAUCUUCUAGGGUUUCUCUUUAAUAGUUAAGAUUGUUAUUGUUAUUAUUUACUUAUUAAUAUCAUUAUUAUGUACAGAACAGCAGCUUCGCGUCUCCGAGCUCUCAAGAGCCAUGUUGGCAAUUUAGGGGCCACACGUUAUGCAACUUCAAGUGCAGUUACUGCUAGAACAUCCUCACCUGGGUUCUUUAGUUGGCUGACUGGUGAAAAAUCUAGUUCUCUUCCUCCUUUGAGUUCCCCACUCGCAGAUGUUUCUCUCCCUCCUCCAUUACCGGAUUAUGUCGAACCUAGUAAGGUUAAGUCAAAAACUCUUGAAAAUGGUGUCAGGAUCGUCUCAGAAGCAACUCCGAGUCCUGCAGCCUCCAUAGGUUUGUAUAUCGACUGCGGCUCUAUAUAUGAGACUCCCAUGUCAUGUGGGGCUACACAUUUGCUUGAACGGAUGGCAUUCAAGAGCACUAGGAAUAGGAGCCACUUGCGCAUUGUCAGGGAAGUGGAGGCAAUUGGAGGUAAUAUUGGAGCUUCAGCCUCUCGGGAGCAGAUGGCUUACACUUUUGAUGCUCUUAGGACUCAUAUUCCUGAAAUGGUAGAAUUGCUUGUUGAUUGUGUGAGAAAUCCCGUCUUCCUGGAUUGGGAAGUAGAUGAAGAGCUUAAAAAAUUGAAAGACGAACUUGGACAACUCUCUAACAACCCCCAGGGCUUACUGUUGGAGGCAAUUCAUUCAGCUGGUUAUAAUGGUGCACUGGCAAAUCCUCUCGUUGCUCCUGAAUCAGCACUGAAUAGAUUAGAUGGUACCAUUUUGGAGGAAUUUGUAUCUGAGCAUUAUACAGCUCCUCGAAUGGUUCUUGCAGCUUCUGGUGUUGAGUUUGAGGAGCUUAUAUCUGUUGCAGAGCCACUUCUUUCUGAUCUCCAAAGCGUGCAAUGCCCUGAAGAGCCACACUCUGUGUAUGUUGGUGGGGAUUAUCGCCGUCAAUCUGAUUCACCGAUGACACAUGUUGCUCUUGCUUUUGAAGUUCCUGGAGGCUGGCAUAAUGAGAAAGAAGCUAUAGUUUUGACUGUUCUUCAGAUGCUUAUGGGAGGCGGUGGCUCAUUCUCCGCAGGGGGUCCUGGCAAAGGGAUGCACUCACGAUUAUAUCUUCGAGUCUUGAAUGAGUAUCAUCAGCUUCAAGCUUUCUCUGCAUUCAACAGUAUUUUCAAUAAUACUGGAUUGUUUGGCAUAUAUGCUAGCACCAGCUCGGAUUUUGUGCCAAAAGCAGUUGAUGUAGCAGUGGGAGAAUUGCUUGCAAUUGCAGCACCCGGACAAGUUUCCAAGGCACAGCUUGAUCGUGCCAAAGAGUCCACAAAAUCUGCUGUUUUAAUGAAUCUAGAAUCUCGAAUGAUUGUGACAGAAGAUAUAGGGAGGCAGUAUUUGACCUACGGAGAAAGGAAGCCUGUCGAGCAUUUCUUAAAGGUCGUGGAAGAAAUCACACCAAAUGACAUUGCUAAGAUUGCACAAAAGAUUAUUUCGUCACCUUUAACAAUGGCAUCUUACGGGGAUGUUAUUAACGUCCCAAGCUACGAGUCUGUCAGCAGCAAGUUCCAUGCAUAAUUAUUGAUGAGAGUUCACUGGAGUUGAAGUUUCACCAUGCCAACAACACGGUUCCCCGUGUCUACAUUGGCAACAUCCAGCCAUUCUCUUUGGUCUUAUUUUGCUGAAAUAAAAACAAAUUAAGGAAGAGGUUUUGCAGUAUAUGGAAGGAAAUACACAUGCAAUAGCUUUAACUUUCAGAUUCUUUUGGAUUUAUCCAAUCAUUUGUUUCGAAUAUGCAUGGAUCACAAAUUUUCUUUGUCCAUGAUAAAGUCUGGAAUUUUGUUUGUUCAUGUUAAUGUACUAUCAAGGAAGAAUGAAAUCCAAGUGACAUGAACUUCAAGCUCA